AGUGGCACCUUUGGGGUCAGGUAGCUCAGGGCAUAGGGACAAGGGAACUGGGAUGUAGGGACAGAAGGGGACAAGAACGGUGAGGAUGUGGCCAUGGGGAUGGGAUCAUGAGCUGGUGGGGGUGACCUGGGCCAGCAUGGGCUGUGUCUGUGGUGUCCUCGUGCCUGAGGUGUCCACAGUGUCCCCAUGUUGUGCUCCAGCCCACGGUGGCCUCAGUGUCCCUGUUCCCAAGGUAUCUGUGCCACAGGGAUGUGGUGCAUUGGUGGCUGUGACACAGACAUGUCCCCCUGCCUCGCCAAAUCUUUUUGGGACCACCCAGACACACUUACCCACAAGAACUGCUGUCCCCAUGGGGACAGUUUGGGGACAGCCCCACACCCUGUGCCCCCGGUGCUGCUGUCCCUGCAGUGCCACCCCCACCCAGCCCUGUCCCUUCUCCCUUCCAGCACAGACCCUCGGCCUCGCUGGUGAGUCCUCGGGGGAUGCCAUGGCCCCACCCCGCUGUCCCCAGCCCCGCGCUGGCCCUGCCAGGCUGGUGUCCCCUGUCACCCACAGGUGCCCGGACCACCCAGCUCCUCGUGGAGCCCCCAUGGAGGCCGGCGGUGACGUGGGACCAGGUGACACUGACCUGUCAGGGCUUGGGGACCGCCAGUGCUACCACCUGGUACAAGGAUGGGCAGCGCUGGGGGCAGAAGGGACGCAACCAUGUCACUGUCACCGAGAGUGGCACCUACACGUGUUACAGACCCGGGACCGGGCACAGCCCCUCUGUGACAAUCUUAAAUGACUGGCUGGCGCUGCAGGUGCCGGUGCGGGAGCUGCUGGAGGGGGACACGGUGACACUGCGCUGCCGGGGCUGGCAGAACAACACUGUCACCUCGGUGUCCUUCUACCGCAAGGAGACAAAACUGGAGGGGUCCCGCGAUGGCACCGAGCUGUCCCUGCACCCUCUGCAGCUGAGCCACAGCGGCAACUACAGCUGCAAGGGCCUGGUGGGAUCCUGGGUGUUGCAUGAGUCAGCACCGGUGACAAUGACAGUGCACGCCAGGUUAAAGUUGCAGGUGUCGGCGCGGGAGCUGCUGGAGGGGGAAACGGUGACACUGCGCUGCCUGCGCUGGCAGAACAACCCGGUCACCGGAGUGCGAUUCUAUCAUGGGGACAAGGAGGUGGGGAGGCCCCUCAAUGGGACCGAGCUGUCCCUGUCCCCUCUGCAGCAGAACCACAGCGGCCGCUACAGCUGCAGGGGCCGGGUGGACUCCGGAGUGUCACUGUGGGCAAAGUCGGCACCAGUGACAGUGACAGUGCACGAGCUCUUCUCGCUGCCGGUGCUGGAGGGUCCCCCCGAGCCCACCCUGGGGUCCCCCCUGACUCUCAGCUGCCUCAGCACCCCCAGCCCCCUGCGGCCCCCAGCCCCCCUCCUGCACGUGUUCUACCGGGACGGGCAGGUGCUGGGGGGCCCGCAGGUGUCCCCGCAGCUGCUGGUGCCCAGCGUGGGGGUCUCCCACUCGGGGAAUUACAGCUGCCAGGUGCGCUCCGAGAGGGGGUCUGUGCGGAAGAUCAGCGCCCGGCUCCGCGUCACGGUGCGCAUGCCCGUGGCCAAUGCCACCAUCACCCCCGGUCCCCUGGCACACCAGGUGCACCCAGGUGACAACGUGACCCUGCGCUGCCCAGUGCAGGUGGGCUCAGCCCCUGUCACCUUCGCCUGGCUGCACAAUGGGCAGGAGGUGGCCCGGGGUCCCCUCCUGGAGCUCAGGGACAUCGAUGUGGGACAUUCGGGCACCUACCAGUGCGUGGCCACCAACCAGCUGGGACAGGAUGGGCACCGCGUGUUCCGGGCACUCAGCCCAGAGCUGGAACUGGAGGUGACACCUGGCUCACCCUGGGUCACAGUGGCCGCAGGGGUCGGUGGGGCCCUUUUGUUCCUGCUCCUGCUCGUGGGUGUCAUUGUGGCCUGGCACUGGUGGCACCGUGUGGAUGCCAGGAAGCACCAGGAAAGGGCACCCCCAGAGCCCCUGGCACCCUCCGUGGAGGAUCCUCAGGUGACAUACAUGGAGCUGCAAUGGCAACCGUGGGAACCCAGGGACAUCUAUGACAAUCUACACCAGAAGUUGUGAUGCUCUGGGAAGCGGGAGGCACUGGGUGACACUGGGGGUGCUCCCUCCAUGGCUCCUGUGCUUGCCCAUCCUUCCAAGGGAGGUGGGCAUGGGUCAGGGGGAGGCUACACAGGGCACCCUCUGCUCCCCAUUUCCUCUCCCACUACCCCCAAGGGCUCCCCCAUCCCUUUGCUCAUACCUGCAGGGGCUCCCCAGCCCCAUCCCAGUGCCCAAGUACCCUCAGUGACUGCCCCAUUCUCUCCCCACAGUGCUUGCAGUACAGCCAGGGCUUCCCCAUUCCCCCUCCCACUACCCCUGUCCCAUCCCGCUGUAAAAGGGGGAGUUGGGGAGGAUUCCUUCUGAAAGGUUUCUCAGAUGAAAAUGAAGCACAAACAUGGCUAUAUUA